AUGAGCCUACCAGAAUACGUGACACGUUUCUUUUCUCCCAAUACAGGACAAACUCCUGCUCAGACACGUGAAGGGACCAGAGUACCAGUGGAGACCCUACAUUCCGACGCAUCCAGCGCAGGCAUGCUGAGUUGCAAGGGAGACAGCGAAGAUGCCCCAGAUUCAGACCAUGAUGCGACGCUUUCGGAUGGAGCCCCUUCAAGGAAUCCUCAAGGACCACCACCCGACACCGAGCCAGAAGAUACAGAACCUGAAGAUCAAGCUGAGUUCACCGAUCAUGAAGAGGAAAAAGAGGUCCCACUCAGCGCUUGGGUCCAUCUCACAACAGACCACUGUCGAGUUGAAUGUGUCGGACCUACGACAAACAGCAAGCAAGACAAGAUCAUAUGUGGGAAGCUGAAGAACAAGUGCCGACUCCGGCUCCACAAAGAACGUCGAAGCAGUGGCGAACGAGCAGCCCCACGUUGGUACGAAGGAGUCCCAUCCACCAAGGACAUUGACAAGGAAACGGGAGAAUUUAUUGUUCAUGGCCAACAAUAUGGUUAUUGUCGGACCGAGAAGGAAAUGGACGAGCAUCUCAACCAAGCCUCCAAUGAGGUGCUAUCCAUCCCGGAUGUCAAUACUAGCGAAGUGGAAUCUGAGGGGCAGUUCUUGGACGUCUCGGACGACAACGAUCAAGACGACCCUGACCGGAUCAAUGAGAUGAUCGCUGUGAUCGAAGAGGCAAAGUUGAAGAAGCUGAAAGCGGAGAAGGCAAGACUUGUUGGGAUAUGA